GUUCGGCACGGCACGGCACGGCUCGGCACGGCUCGGCACGGCCGGCAGGCAGCGCGCUCCCGCAGCCGCAGGGCUCGCUCUCCCUCUCGGAAUCUUGGAUAGAGCUGGGAUUAAUUCGAGCUCUCUUGCCUGAAAGAGAUGUUCCGUUUAAAAUUCCCAAUCCCGAAGGCAUAUUGGAGUUUGGUUCUAGGGAUGGCACCCACAGAGCCCGAGGCCGCCCCGGCCCGCCGGUGAGGUGCCCCCAGCAGCCCCCCUGAGCCCCCAGGCCAGAGCACCAUGAACAAGCUGCCCUUCCACAACAACAGAGUCAUGCAGGACCGGCGCAGCGUGUGCAUCUUCCUCCCCAACGACGACUCCCUCAACAUCAUCAUCAACGUGAAGAUUUUGUGCCAAGAGCUGCUGGUGCAGGUGUGUGACCUCCUGAGGCUGAAGGAUUGUCACCUCUUCGGGCUCAGCGUCAUCCAGAACAAUGAGCAUGUGUACAUGGACCUGGCCCAGAAGCUCUACAAGUACUGCCCCAAGGAGUGGAAGAAGGAGGCCAGCAAGGGCAUCGACCAGUUUGGCCCCCCCAUGAUCAUCCACUUCCGAGUGCAGUACUACGUGGAGAACGGGCGGCUCAUCAGGUACGGAGUGCCUUGGAGUGGCUGGGAUCCUCCUGGCAUGGCUGGGCACCUCCUGGGGUGGCCGUGCCCUUCCUGGCAUGGCUGUGCCCUUCCAGGAGUGGCUGGGAUCCUCCUGGG